GGAUGGGGGUGGGGGUGUGGCAGGGACGAGGCGCCGGGAGUCGGAACGCCGGGCAUUCCAGGGGGAGGGAAGCGGCAUUCCCCAGCUCCAGAGCCAUCUGGUGAUAGCUUCUGGCUGAGCAUGGCCCUCCCAGCCCUGGGCCUGGACCCCUGGAGCCUCCUGGGUCUCUUCUUCUUUCAACUGCUGUUGCUGCUGCUGUCGCCGCUGACUGCAGAGAGUGGUGGGCAGGGACCUAUGCCCAGGGUCAAAUACUAUGCAGGGGAUGGACGCCGGGCACUGAGCUUCUUCCACAAGAAGGGCCUCCAGGACUUUGACACUCUGCUCCUGAGUGGUGAUGAGAACACUCUCUAUGUGGGAGCUCGAGAGGCCAUUCUGGCCUUGAAUAUCGAGGAUCCAGGAGUUCCGAAGCUGAGGAACAUGAUACCUUGGCCGGCCAGUGACAAAAAGAAGAGUGAAUGUGCCUUUAAGAAGAGUAACGAGACGCAGUGUUUCAACUUCAUCCGUGUCCUGGUCUCUUUCAACGCCACGCACCUCUACGCCUGUGGCACCUUUGCCUUCAGCCCAGCUUGCACCUUCAUUGGACUCCAAGAUUCCAACCUGAUACCCAUCUCAGACAAGGUCAUGGAAGGGAAAGGCCAAAGCCCCUUUGACCCUGCUCACAAGAACACAGCUGUCUUAGUGGAUGGGAUGCUCUAUUCUGGCACGAUGAACAACUUCCUGGGCAGUGAGCCCAUCCUGAUGCGCACGCUGGGCUCGCAGCCGGUCCUCAAGACUGACACCUUCCUCCGCUGGCUGCACCCGGACGCCUCCUUCGUGGCAGCCAUCCCUUCGACUGAGGUCGUCUACUUCUUCUUUGAGGAGACAGCCAGCGAGUUCGAAUUCUUUGAGAAGCUCCACACCUCCCGGGUGGCUAGAGUCUGCAAGAAUGACGUGGGCGGUGAAAAGCUGCUGCAGAAGAAAUGGACCACUUUCCUGAAGGCCCAGCUGCUCUGCACCCAACCAGGGCAGCUGCCCUUCAACGUCAUCCGCCACGCGGUUCUACUGCCCGCCGAUUCUCCCUCCGUUCCCCACAUCUACGCAGUCUUCACCUCCCAGUGGCAGGUCGGCGGGACCAGGAGUUCAGCAGUGUGUGCCUUCUCUCUCGUGGAUAUUGAGAACGUCUUUAAGGGGAAGUACAAGGAGUUAAACAAAGAAACUUCACGCUGGACUACUUAUAGUGACAGUGAGAUCACCCCCCGCCCAGGCAGCUGCUCCGUGGGUCCCUCCUCUGAUAAAGUCUUGACCUUCAUGAAGGACCAUUUCCUGAUGGAUAAGCAGGUAGUGGGCACGCCCCUGCUGGUGAAGUCUGGCGUGGAGUACACACAGCUCGCCGUGGAGACAGCCCCGGGCCUUGAUGGGCACGAUCAUCUGGUCAUGUACCUGGGUACCUCCACAGGGUCUCUGCACAAGGCUGUGGUGAGUGGGGAUGGUGAUGCCUACCUGGUCGAGGAAAUCCAGCUGUUCCCUGACCCCGAACCUGUUCGUAACCUGCAGCUGGCCCCCACCCAGGGUGCACUGUUUGCGGGCUCCUCGGGAGGUGUCUGGAGGGUGCCCCGAGCCAACUGCAGUGUCUACGAGAGCUGUGUGGACUGUGUUCUUGCCCGAGACCCCCACUGUGCCUGGGACCCUGAGUCUCAAAUCUGCCGCCUUCUCUCUGCCCCCAACCUGAAUUCCUGGAAGCAGGACAUGGAGCGUGGAAACCCAGGGUGGGCGUGUGCCAAUGGCCCCAUGGGCAGGAGUCACCGGCCUCAGAGCCGCCCCCAGAUCAUUAAAGAGGUCCUGGCUGUCCCCAACUCCAUCCUGGAGCUCCCCUGCCCCCACCUGUCAGCACUGGCCUCCUACCACUGGAGUCACAGCCAGGCGGCCCUCCCAGAAGCCUCUUCUGCCGUCUAUAACGGCUCCCUCUUGCUGUUGCCCCGGGAUGGAGUCGGGGGCCUGUACCAGUGCGUGGCCACCGAGAACGGCUUCUCAUACCCCGUGGUCUCCUACUGGGUGGACAGCGAGGAGCAGGCCCUGGCCCUGGACCCUGAACUGGCUGGCAUCCCCCGGGAGCGCGUGGAGGUCCCCCUGACCAGGGUCGGUGGUGGGGCUGCCGUGGCCGUCCAGCGCUCCUACUGGCCCCACUUCCUCGUGGUCACCGUCCUGCUGGCCCUAGUGCUCUCCGGCGCCCUGAUUGUCCUCCUCGCCUCCCCGCUGGGGGCACUCCGGGCUCGGGGCAAGGUCCAGGGCUGUGGGAGCCCGCCCCCUGGGGAGAAGGCCCCCCUGAGCAGGGAGCAGUGUCUCCAGCCCCACAAGGACUGCAGGACCUCCGUCAGUGACACGGACGCUGACAGCCGACUGGGCACGGAGGUGGCUUAAACUCUGGGCCCGGGCAAGAGCCCUUGCUGAGCAGAGCUGGCUCCUGGCCGUGCUGCCUGGGACCCUGCGCAGGGCAGCCCCGACUGGGGAGUAGCACAAGUGACUGUCCUCCUUCCAUGACUGGAGCUUGUCUUGCCUCGCUGAGCCGCCCACGGCACCCUGCGGAGCCCCACGCAGGCCUCCCUAGGGGACUCCCUUCCACCAAGCACAGAGGCUCUGUCGGGGGAGGCUGCCCCCAGGCCUGCACCACAACAGGGGGACCUGGAGAGGACCCCGCAGUUCUGGCCACUCCAGGGACCCUCCAGAAACUUACUGAGAUAUGGAAACCCCGACUGCUCCAGGACCCCCGUAUUGACCACCAGACACCCCAAUGACCGUGACUGGACCUGGUCCUGGAAACUCCACCUUGAAUGCAGCUGCCACCUCGGACACCAGCCUCCCUCCUCCCGGGGGUCUCCAGGAUUCUGCAGGGAGCUGCCCACUCCUGCUCCCCUUAUCAACCACACACCACUGACUCUAGGAAGUCUUUCCUAAAGUCUGACCAUCUUCCCUCUUGCUUCCGUUGGGGGCAGAUUGUAUUCUUUCUGCCCGACUAGAAGGGCAGGGGUAAUCUGAGCCUUGUUCACUUCUUUACCCUUGCUGACCCCUUGUCCUCUGUCCUCACCCCUUCCCUGUGUUUUGAGGUUCUGAACAAUGCUUGUCACAGACAGAUUAUUUUUUAUUAAAAAGACAAAGCUCGUGA